AUGUUUUCUAGCCUAUCCCAAAAGUCUUCUUUGCUGUGCGCGGCACUUGCGUCCAGUUCCCUCGCCUUUAGCAUUCCUUUCCGCCGCGAGAUUCUCCCGCGAAAGACUGCCCAUUCUGUAACUGCGACCAAGCAGGCGGCGACAUCCGUCGACACCCUCAGCGGCUUCGAUAAUGUCGCGAAUGAGCGCUACAUAGGCGACAUCACUGUCGGGGGUACAGCGUUCGAGGUCAUCCUUGAUACGGGUAGUAACGAUCUUUGGGUUGAUACCGCUGGAGUAUCUCUCGACUACUUUUACAACACCUCCGUGGCCGGCGAGAUUAACUACGGUAUCGAUGGCCAGUAUUCCUUCGCCGAGGGUUUCAUCCUACAGACCAACGUGACCUUUAGCAACUACACCGUCGAUCAGGUAUUCAUCAACGCGCUCAACGUGAGCGCGACUGGGGUGCUCCUGCCCGGUGUCAGUGGCUUGCUCGGAUUGGGCCCUCCUACUCAGCAGUCGGUUGCCUCCUCUCAGCUCCAACUUGGAAGCUCAGCAUUCAGCGGAUUGACCGUUCUGGAGAACAUUUUCUUGCGGAACACUGACAUUCCCCCACAAAUCACGAUUUACAUGUCACGGAACACUGGUACUGGUGAAAUUGAUGGCGGAGAGUUCACGAUCGGUGAAGCACUUCCGGAGUAUGCUCAAAUUGCGGACACACCACAGCUCCCGGCGAUCGACUCCCCCCUCGGACCCCUCUGGACGAUUCAGUUCGACGGCCUUGUGAUCAAUGGGCAGACUUACCAGCAGACUGGUGUUGGCUCGACAAACUUCACGGCUUCCCUUGACUCUGGAACCCCGACAGCGUUCAUCGACUCGUACUUCUAUGACCGGAUCUACGGCUCGAACCCGAAUAGCAUCCCCUGCGAUACUCAGAUCAAUGUCAGCCUCAUUAUUAGCGGACAAGAAUUCCCUAUUCAUCCCAUUGACCUGACGAUCCCCGAAUCCGGCACCUCCGUUUCAAAUGCCAUCUGCAGUGCCGCGAUGUACAGUCUGCCAAACUCGCCCGGAAUGUUCCUGCUCGGCGACACUUUCUUGCGGAACGUCUACACACUGCACAACUUCAACAACUAUUCACAGGUCGGCGACCCGCUGCCGUACACGCAGCUUCUUAGCGUGACCGACGCAAACGCCGCCGCCAUCCAGUUCCCUUCGCUGAACAUUGCCCGCCUUGAGGCGUUCAACACGUCCGACUCAUCGUCCUCGGCCACCGUCAGUGGCGACCUCGCAGAGGCGUCGUCGACGCCCUCGCCCUCGUCGACGCCGAACCUCUCAGAGCUCACACGUAACACGUACAUCAUCAUGGGCCUCCUCGGCGGCGCACUCCUGCUCCUCAUCGCCAUCGCCAUCAUCUCCAUUCGCAACCACAAUCAGACGCGUGGCUACCGUCGCGUCGGCGGCGGUGGUGUCGACAUCUUGGCGUCGGACAAGCCGUACAACCCGCAGUACCGCGAUUGA